GGACAUUACUGCCGGUGUCUGUCGGCGUGGUGGGAGUACAGGACGACAAAACCUACAUCAUGAUUAUGGUGUUAAACUGAUUGUCGCUGGCGGACGCCGAUGAAGCGACGGAAAGUCGAUCAAGUGACAGUGCAUAAAUUAGGAUCUUCUGAAAAGUGUUUUAAUUGGUAAUUUGGGUUCCAAUUCAAUUUCAAAGGAAAGAAAGUCAUCCGAACUUGCGUGCUAAGUAAAAUGGCGACCGAAGGUUCGACGACGACUCCCAUGAAGCUUUACUCGAGGGCGGAAGUUGCCAAGCACAAUCACAGCGAAGACACUUGGAUCAUUAUCCAUAAUAAAGUUUACGAUGUAACCGCCUUUCUCAACGAGCACCCUGGUGGCGAAGAGGUGCUCUUAGAACAAGCUGGAAUUGAUGGUUCUGAACCCUUUGAAGAUGUCGGGCAUUCUAGUGAUGCUAGACAAAUGAUGGAACCAUUCAAAAUAGGAGAACUUAUCGAAGAGGACAGAACAAAAUCAGAGGAAAAGAAGACCACAGAUUGGUCGAAUGGAAAGAGUGAAGAUGAUGAAUCUAGUGGUUCCUGGCGUUCGUGGCUAAUUCCUGUAGCGCUUGGAGUGUUAGCAACUCUUGUGUAUCGCUACUUCAUCAAUCCGUACUAAAAAGGACCAUUCCUGUGCUCUUUGGUACUUUUUAAGUAACUGUUGUUAAUGGAGGAAUUGUUAUUCAAGAGAUCGGCUUGGGUGCCUGCAGUACACUCUUUGGCAUCUGAUAAUUAUAUACAAAUUGUAAGUGGCUGAUGUGCUCGUAUGUAUUCAAAAUAAUCACGUCUAUUUCAGACUAGUUGAAUUUAUGUUAUUGUAUGUACUAUUACAGUGGAAUCGUUUAUAAUUGAAUUUAUAAAAUUAACCUUGUAUCAUGUAUUGCGUUUAUGAUGGGCUAUAAACUUAUUUUAUAUAGUGAUACUCUAUCU